UGGUAGUUGGGCUCUCUAUCCCAUUCCUCCGAACCUAAGCUUUCUUCUUCAAUGGGGUGCGACGCUUGUUCUUGGCUCCGCCCCCGAGUUCCCAUCACCCUGGCCACCCCGACUCUUGGCCAGCCGCUGCCUAAACCCAUCUUCUCCUCCUCCUCCUUUCCCUCUUCCUUCAAGCGCGCCACUGCCAUUUCUUGUUCCAUGGCUGGCCCUACAAAUUCUUCUUCUUCGUCGUCGUCAACUAGGUCCUACAGCCGUCGAUGGUACAAUCCAAUCCGUCGACAACCACCGUCGUCAUAUGAUACUUCCUCCGAGAUCCUUCGCCAUUGGGUCGAAGUUCAACAACCUCUAGCUUCCCAAGAUAGAUUUACUGUGGCAUCAUAUAACAUAUUGGGCGAAAGAAAUGCUUCAAAACACAAAGAUUUGUACAUAAAUGUCCCUUCAGAUUACUUAAGAUGGGCCUAUCGGAAGAGGGUCUUAUGUGAAGAAUUAAUGGGAUGGAACCCAGAUAUAAUCUGUAUGCAAGAGGUCGACAAGUAUUUUGAUCUAAGGAACACCAUGGAGAAAGCAGGAUAUGUUGGUUCUUAUAAGCGGCGCACUGGAGGAAAUGUUGAUGGGUGUGCUACAUUCUGGAAACCUGACAAGUUCCGAUUGUUGGAGAGAGAAGGCAUCGAAUUUAAGGGAUUUGGUCUUCGUGAUAAUGUUGCUCAACUUUCUGUUUUUGAGAUAUGCAGAGUUGAAUCAAGAAGACUAGUGGUUGGUAACAUUCAUGUCCUUUAUAACCCAAGCCGAGGGGAGGUGAAGUUAGGUCAAAUUCGUUUUCUCUCCACAAGGGCACAGAUGCUCUCCAAUAGAUGGGGAAAUGUCCCGGUUGUGCUUGGGGGUGAUUUUAAUAGCACUCCUCAGAGUGCAAUAUACAAGUUCUUGUCAACAUCAGAGCUGGAUAUCAAGUUGUAUAACAGAAAAGAGUUGUCUGGUCAGAGAAGUUGCCAUCCCUCUCAAGUUUUGGGCCUUAAUAGGGAAUCAAGAAGUCCGUUUACUAUCAUGGAUGGAUUUUUUAAUGAUUGCUGGACAGAUAAGGAGGUUAGAGUUGCAACUGGAAGUGCCGACAGCCAUUUAGUUGAGCAUCCAUUGAAGCUUAGUAGCUCCUAUGCUACAGUAAAGGGUUCUACAAAUACAAGAGACCUCAAUGGUGAACCUUUAGCCACUUCCUACCACUCUAAGUUUCUUGGAACCGUUGACUAUUUAUGGUACUCAGAGGGUAUUCUACCUACUAGAGUUCUGGAUACUCUUCCAAUUGACAUUCUUAGAAGGACUGGUGGCCUUCCAUGCAAGAAACUAGGAAGUGAUCAUUUGGCCUUGGUUACUGAGUUUGCCUUCUCUAAAAGUGCCAAAGAUACUAUCCUGACUAUGUCUGCAGUCUCUGAUGGAGCCAUCUCAGCAUAGAGGGAAGAUGUUGCUGUUCCAACAUGACAUAUCUGCAAUCUGGUAUGAUGGCUUUGAGUGGUAGACUUUAAAUACAUCUGUUAAGAAAUGUUGCACAUGAAGCUUCCUUUUGAAAUGCAUAAGAAAAGCCGAUUUCCUGCUUGAAACUAGUAGAUCAUAACAGUAGUUUCUGUAGCCUAGCAAGUCCAAGAAAGAGGGUGACAAAUUUUUUGGAUUGUACCCAUCCCCAGGUUCACGUGCUCUCCUUUUCUCCUCACAUUUUGUCUUUACAGAACAACUGGAUAAUAAUGUAAAGUUCAUUUUUCUGGGUCAGGAUUGAUGAUAUGGUGUUUGCCUGGUAUCACUUUUUUGUAUGUUUUUGCUUAUGGAAAAACUUGGCGUUUUAAGCUUAUUUGAGAUUCCCAUAUACCACUGGAGAAGCUUCUGCAUC